UGCGACUGCGUAAAGGCUCCCCCCCUGGCUUGAGCGAGUUGCGUGUUUUUCUCACGGAUAGUGGCAAAAUCAGCCUGAGGUGAGCUGCUGGCGAGAAUACGAGGAGAGAGCAUUUUGUUCCUGUUAUUAUUAAGGAUAUCGAAACGAGUCGGAGAGAAGCUGGAGGGGAGUCUGGGAAUUGUAGUCUAAUCCCCCGGCUCGGGCUCAGAUUGGUCAUGAGGACUCGAAACGUCAACUCUUUUCUUCUCCGCCGAUGCUGCCAGACCUGCUGAGUUUUCCCAGGUAAUUCUGUUUUUGUUUUGGAUUUCCAGCAUCCGCAGUUUUUUUGUUUUUAUCUCAGAUUGAGUUCGUUUUGAGGAGAAGUCGCCGACCUUAAACUCUAAACUGGGUUUCUUUUUCCCCAAAUGCUUCACAAAAUUACCGAACUUCUCCAGCAUUUCCAAUUUUUAUUUCGAGUUUGUUGCUCUUUGGUUUAAAGUGAGGGGGAGGGGGUUGGCGGCUUUGUGCGGGGCCCUGUGCGAGCGGCAAGCAUUUAUCCACCGAGCCUCUGGAAGAGCGGACACUUCCCGUCACAUUGUGAAAGCAUGACGCUUUUCGUAGAUUUAAACAUCGUCAACACCGCCGACAGAAAGAGAUUGCAAAGUCUAAUAGAAACCGCGGCGCAUCUUGGUUAUUCAACAGUUGCAAUUAACCAUGUGGCUGAAUUUCAAGGAAAAAGGCAGGAAAUUGCCAAACCAAUAUCUGUUACAGAACUUUUCCCAUCUCCACCUAUUGUGCAGGGGAAAUCAAAACCAAUUAAAAUUGUGACCAGACUUACUGUGAUUGUCUCUGAUGCCUCUCACUGCAAUGAUCUGAGAACUACCUCCCCACAUACCAGGUCAUAUGACAUUGUGGCUGUGUUACCAAAAACAGAAAAGUUGUUUCAUGUAGCUUGUAUGACCUUGGAUAUCGACUUAAUUUGUAUUAAUGUGAUAGAAAAACAAUCAUACCAUUUCAGGCGGCCUUCUGUCAAUGGGGCUAUUGAGAGAGGAAUUUAUUUUGAACUGGCAUAUUCUCCUGCCAUUAAAGACUCCACAAUGAGAAGAUAUACCAUUUCAAAUGCACUCAGCCUGAUGCAGAUAUGCAAAGGAAAGAACAUAAUUAUGUCAAGUGCAGCAGAAAGGCAUUUGGAAUUGAGAGGACCAUAUGAUAUUGCUAACCUGGGGUUGCUUUUUGGCUUAACUGAAGGAGAUGCCAAAGCUGCCGUGUCAACCAACUGCAGAGCAGCCCUUUUGCAUGGAGAAACCAGAAAGACUGCAUUAGGUGUGAUCUAUACAGUGAGGAAAGUUCCAGCAACUGAAGAGAAGGAUGAAGGGAGACCUCUUUCCAAACGAGCUAAGACCAAAAGUGACUGCUGAUGGGAAAACGCCAUUAUCAGACUUAUAACUGGAUUUCUAAAUUUGGAAACAUACUUUUUUUUACAAAUAACUGCAUUGAAAUUGCACUGUUAAUUAAAUUACAAUGCUCUUAUAAUUACCAUUUAACAUUUUAUUCAUCAGUGAUCUUGAAUGUACAAAAUUGGGAGCUUGUGGCUA